UUGUGUGUCAGCGAGUGUAUCAGUGUGUGUGGCGUCGCACGGAGCCUCGUCCCGCUCUUCCUCCUCCUCCCAGCGGCUCGUCUCGCUCCCCCAGGCCGGAUAAAGACGCUCCCUGCGCGGCGCCAGCGGAGGACAUGAACGGGAAGUCGUCGAGCGGCUCCCCGGGCGGGAUGGCCUGCAUCGAGGGGCUGCCGCCGCUGCCCAAGAGCCUGAGCGGGCUGCUCAACUCCAGCGGCGGCUCGUGGAGGGACAUGGAGCGGAUGUACGUGAAGAAGACGAUGAUCCAGGACGACCUGAGCCGAGGCCGGAACAACGCCGACAGCCUGCUGGCCAGCAAGCCGGCCAACCUGGACGCCGCGCUGGCCCUGCUGCGGAAGGAGAUGGUGGGGUUGCGCCAGCAGGACAUGUCGCUGCUGUGCCAGCUGUGGUCGCUCCACGAGUCCAUCCAGGAGUACAAAGGCAGCGCCGCCUCCAGCCUGAUGGAGAACGGCUACUUCGACGAGGACGACGAGUACUACCCCGAGCCCGGCGCCACGCCCACCGGCGAGCAGCCGGACGGCGGCGACGUUGACGGGGCGGCGCCCAAGAAGGGCGUCGGCGUCGGGAAGGACGACAGCUGGGACUCGUUCCACGUCACCAUCUGAGGCCUCCGGUCCGGAACCCUUCCUCUUCAGGCCGAACCCGAACCCGCUCCGGCUGCCCGGCAGUUCUCUAUCUUCUCUUUGUUCUUCUGCAGCGCGACCAGGAACUGCAACAAACCGCUGGAGCCGAGUGUCUGGAUGCGUGAGCCCCCAGAAACACUCAGGAGUUCCAAUAAAACCGACUCACCAACUCCCAUUUACUCCGGAUUAGGCAAUAUAUUCCAGCUUUUUAUAAACGACGCUCCUGCUGCUUCUGUAUUAGCGGUUUAGCUAGCAAGUCACUACUCUUUUUUUUUUUUUUUUUUUUACUACAUUUACAAAAAUAUAUGAACAAAGUUUUAUUAUUUAUUAUAUAAUAUAAAAAAACAAAACAAAACAAAAACGACUAAAUAGUUGCUUCUUUUUCGCUCUGUGGAUGUUUUUGUAAGACGCCGCUGCCCGGAUACGACGGCGCUUCGUAUACAGACUGGAAAUCCCUUGAAUUGGGACUUGAAGACAUUUCUGAAGAGUCGGUGGACUUUUCGCAGACCGAGUGUGUGUGUGUGAGUGCGUGUGUGUGUGUAUGUAUGUGUGUGUUACUUAUAUAUGGGGGGAAUCAAGAAUCGAAAUGUGAAACGUUACAAAUGCUGGAAGCGGCGUUGACUUUGGAGUUCCUGGAUUUUGGUUUCGUCUGGUUCCCGAUGAGGUGUUAGCAAAGACACUAAAGGAAGCGGCCACGCCCAGUUUGACCUCGAGUAUCGGGACGGUGGCGUCAACUAUCAAUCACGGCAAUGAACCCCAGCGUGAAAUAGAAAAACAUUCAAAGAGCCAUGCCCUACGUUCAAGUUCUCCAUCUGAAAAGACGUUUCAUUGAUCAAAACGACAAAUCAGAAACACCGAGUAGCGGGGAUGUCCCGAUCACACCGUACGGAGUAUCGGCCAAUCCCGAACGAACACUUACAUUGCUAUCGCUAUACUGUGGAAAGAGUUAAAGAAAAUAAGUAAAACGUUUUAUUUCGGAAAUCUAAAUUUGCAGUAAUCUGCAUUGAAUGAAACUAGCUUGAAACGGUUCUCGGGUGCCGCUCGGUGCAGAUCUGGACGACCGAGGUGGGACUGUCCUUCCAGACAUGCUAGCCGCUGGAUCGCUAAUGCUGCUUACGUUGUGGCACUACUCGUCCCGUUGUAACCGCUGACGUCAAAAAGAUCGGCGAGGUGAUCGGUUGGAUUUCCAGAUCGAUCAAAGAUGACUAUUAUCCGCUCCGAUCGGGACAUCCGUACUGCGUACCUUUCUAAAAGGCAUUUCAGAAACACCUGAUCGUACUAAUCGAGUAUUGGCAUUAUCCUGUCCAGUUAGCUAGCAGGAACGUCUGUCUGUUGCGUUGAGUCUUCUUAACUAUUGAUCUUUUACUAAAAGUGUUGCGUCGCAGCAGCUUCCUCAGUUUGAAGGUUUGCGAGCGCUUUAGGUGUCGUCUCGUCUAGAAACUAAUGACUAGACUGUUUUUCUAUCAGAGGAGUCUGGUGGAACGUCGAGGCUCUUCGCAGGUUUGCGGCUGCAAUGCUAAAGCUACGAGCAAUAAGGAGUUCAGAUCUCAGCGUUACGACAAACUCCUUGACUUUCAUUGGGCGGAUUUACGCCGCUAUUCUCUCACGGUUCCCAGGGUUCGAGAGCCGGGUUAUUUCUGAGCUUCACGUUUCAAGAGAAGACAGAAUAUCCAAAACAGGAAUGAGUUUUUAAAAUGGCUGUUAGUUGGAUAACCAGGAGUUUCCCUAUUCGCCGUGAUUGUCUUAUAGAUUUCACUCGCCAAUUUGGAAUGUUUUAUCAAAUUCACGCUGUCGGGGAGAAUCAAGUGAAUGAAUUGUUUUCUGGUUUUAUCAAACGGUGCUUUUACGACUAUCAGGAGCAAAAUUUACAUGUGCGACACUGCAAGGCUUUGAUAAUAUAUAUUUUUUAGGCUAAACAACACGUCUGUUGGAUAGUUGUGUCGUUUUUGACGUGAUCAGACAAAACGCCAUUAAUCAGGUUGUGGUUGUUGGUAUUUUCCUUCACCGUGUUUGUACUUGAUGCAACUCGCAAGGGAUAACUUGUCAAACUUCAGGAGCCUUUGCGCCCAAAAAUUGUGAAUUUUGGAGGAAGUUGGCGCCACCUGUAUACCCGAGUUGCUAGCUAGCUUCAGGAAGUGAGCACCGCAUGUAUACCCGAGUGCUAGCUAGCUUCAGGGAGACUUUGCUAUAAAGCUCAGCCUGGUGAUGAAGCACCCUGAAUGGCAAUAAUCAGUGUCUUAACUAGCAACAUUCUUUGAAUUCUCACCAGCCGUAGCUCUAAACUCUGUAGCCAGAGAACUUUGUGUUUUCCGUUGAAUGAGCUAACACCGGUUAGCACCGAGCUAAACAAGCCCGAGGCACGUACCAAAUCUGAGCGCUCCUACACCUGUGCAUUCCUUUCCGGGGUCUCGGUUUCAGCCUGAGUCUGUAGCAGAUACCGAGUUUCCUCUCCGGGUCAACUGAACUAAACGGGACUGUAACAGAUUCCAGAGGAUUGCUGGUAAUUGAAAACACGUGAUCGAACCGACAGACACUUCCGAACCCAGUUCUUUGCGGUGAAGACCUGUGGAAGUGCAGAUGUUCUUCCUCGGUAGUUGAUCCUGUAGCGUCUCGCACCACCACCACCACGCAGCACCUAGCAGCUGCUCUGUCACUCAGACGACUCCAUUACUUGACUCUGUGCAGUUCUCCACCCCCUCCACCCCUCACAGACCGGUCUGUACAGACCAGACGAUGUUGGUCCACUAUUUAAACCCAAAGACAAGUACAGCAACACAUGCUGUAUUUGGUUUAUGGUGCUGAGGUGGACCAAAUCCCAACGCUGACACCCAGAAACGGAUGGUAUUUCAUUCUAAAACGAUGUCUGACGUCUCGAAGAAUGUUUGUUUUUUUUGUUUUUUUUGCGAGUUUACCUUGCAGCUGAUGAAUGGAGGGUAGCGUCCUGUGAAGGCAGGGAUGCCCGCCUUCUGCUGUCCACUCAAAGAUUGUGAGUUCCCGAAAAGAUUCAAACGUCAAACAUUGUCCGAAGCAAGCUGCAAGUCAAAUGUGAAGUUCUGUCUUUAAAGACCCCGCCGAACGCAGCCCAUGUGGUAUUUAACACACACUAAUCAUAUACUCCCGUAAUGGGGGCGUGUUCAGGGCGUGAUUGACAUCUUCUGUCGCCAGUGGUGGUGAAGGUCAAUGAGAUCCAGCCGAAAAAAACAAACAGAUGGAUAUAAAGUCCAAAGACGCUACAGAAAGUGUGAUUGUUUUUUAAAUUGGUGGGUCUUUUAAAGAACUGCAGCUUGCCUACUAUUCCAAUUUCCAUGUUUUGUACUUUAAAUAAUUUCACCGGAUGUUAAAGAAACAGUUUGACAUUUUGGGGAAAAUGCAGAGAAAAUGAUUCAAAGUCUGUCGCACAACCAGUCCCCCCUCAAACGCCACUUUUGUACAAUGUUUAUAAGUGAAAUUGUUGAACUUUCAUACUGUUUUGGGUGCUUGUUUCCACGACAACGGUGAUCGGAGCUACUGUAAAUGCAACUUUUUGACAGCGCCCCAACUGUCUCCAUGGAAAAAGGGCAAGAGGUAAAUUUUGAAAACACUCUGUGGAAAUUGAGGAAUUUUUCUGACACUCUUGGUAGUUUUACGGUUGACGGUCACCGCAGCAACAGUCCAACCUGUUGGUCUGUCUAUAUGAAUGUCAUGGUCUCCCAUUGUGAAUGUUUAGGAAAAAAAAGAAACCACAGAACCACCUGGUAGCCCAGAAUGAAACACUGAUUUCCAGACGCUGCAGCUUAAACGUCAAACUAUUCUAAAACAAAAACCUUAAAUCGAUGCAUUUUCACUUGAAAUGUUGUGUAAACUGAACUUUAUAAACUUCAGAUGAGACACAAGAAAGCAAAUUCCCAAAAUGUGAAACUGUUUUUUGCUGCAUGUCAGUAACGGUUGCUUAAUCUUUAACAUGUACUUUCAUGCUUUUAUUCUGGAAGUUUCCCACAUGGAGUCUGUAACCCUAAAGGAAACAAGUGGCCUCACAUUGUCGCUGGUUUUAUCAUCUCAAUGAAGCAGAUUGAAUGUUUUAUUUUGCUGUUCUGGUCCCAGAUUUAAUGAAGCUUAAUCUGAAUGCCGCUAACGUUCAGAUUACGCUUUUCUAACCCCGGCGUUCAAUCAUCGUGACGGAUAUUAAUGCUUGUAUUGGAUGUCUGCUCAGUCAGUGCCUUGUAAAGCCGAAGGUCGGCGACCUGCGGCUUGCUGUCGGAGAACAAACCAUAAACUGUCCGAUCACUCGACGCGUUCGACGCUGCUACGUGUGGGAGUUAGCGAGCGAAAGGCCGAAUCCCCCGCUGGAGGCGUGUUACGUCACCCCCGACCCGCUGAGAACGUCUUACCCAACCGGCGCCGUUGUGAUCAAAUCCAGUAAAUCCCAGAGAGCCGAUUAGGAUCAGGCUCCUCCAGACGGACGGGGGUGCUUUCCACUGCUCCACCGCUCCACCGCCCGCCACAGCCUUAAGACCCGCUCCGGCCACGCCCUGCACGCCGCACCGGGCAUUUUGCACUCGUUUGUGGUUGUUCCGCGUUAAGCCCCGCCCCCUAAAAACAAAUCAAAGGACUACCUGAUCAUGGUAGAGUCGCAGGCGCACGGCGCUCCUCGCAACGAAACCCAGCACAAAACAGAAAGACCUUAGAGGAGCUGCAGACUGCACACCAGCAAACGUUCCACCCAAACUGUUUACCCAUAUCAUUCCACUCGCACGUUCCUCCCACAACAUGCCACCCAAGCUGUUCUACCCAAACCCUUCUAUUCAAACUGUUACUCCAGAACCGUUCCUCCUAAACUGUUCUGCCAAAAAUUUUCUCAACGAGACUGUUCCUUCCUCACCAUUCCACCCAAACUUUUCCAACCAAAUUGUUCCCCCCAAACCUUUCCCCCCAAACUGUUACCCCCGAACCGUUCUACCCAUACCGUUCCACCCAAACCUUUCCUCCCAAGCUGUUCUACCCAAACCCUUCUAUUCAAACUGUUACUCCAGAACCGUUCCUCCUAAACUGUUCUGCCUAAAAUUUUCUCAACGAGACUGUUCCUUCCUCACCAUUCCACCCAAACUUUUCCAACCAAACUUUUCCCCCCAAACCGUUCUACCCAAACCGUUCUACCCAAACCGUUCUACCCAAACCGUUCUACCCAAACCGUUCUACCCAUACCGUUCCACCCAAGUCGUUCCACCCAAACCUUUCCUCCCAAACUGUUCUACCCAAACCGUUCCGACCAUACUGUUUGCACCACACCGGUUCUCUGACUGCUUUGCCACAACUACAGUGACUUCUGUUUUCUUUUUUUAUUGGAUGGUUGUAACGUGGUGUUACCGUCUCAGGGUAAACGCGAGUGUUUUUGUGCUUUUGGCUCCUUAUCCCGCCGCCCCCCACAAUGUUCCCCUUCUGUUGUCAUGGUUUGAAGAAGUAGCAGAAAACAUGUAAAUACGGCAGCGCCACCGUAACGGAUUGUAACGUUUUCAGUGUUUUGGUGCAGGUCUCUCGUGACCUGUAAGCUUUGAACAUGGACAAAAUCUGUUGUAAAUAUCCCAGAAUGCAAUGCAACCACAGGAUCUCCCACAAGUUAAACGACUGUUACUGUCAAAGGAGAACCUGCAGCAGCCUCAAAGACACGAAGUUGAUACGACUACAAAACCAGUGCGAAUGAUUUUGUUCGUUCAGUCGCCACGAAAUCUGUGUUCGCAGUCGAUGGUGUGAACUUCCAGAACCUACGGGAAUAAUCUUCAGCGUAACCAAGAAAAACAUCUAAAAAAACAAACAAAAAAAGCCUUAAAAGUAUGAAAAAUACCAGCUAAUGUUUACAGCGUAUUAAUCUAAUGAAAAGAGUGGUUUCCACGGGUUUGUGCUUGACGUUCAGUUCCUGUUGUGGGUCAGUGGAAAUCCGUCAUUCCUCCACCAACGACCAGACUACUGUUUUCUUCUGCUCUCAUUAUUACUCUGAUAUGGAUUUAAUAAAGUGAUUGCUUACA